AUGGUAAAGCCACAUCUUCGUCACUACUGCGUCGUUGGUCGCGAGACCCCAUCUGAGAAGAACCCCACACCAACGGUGUACAAAUUCGAAGUCUUCGCCCCCAACUUCGUUGUUGCCAAGAGCCGCUUCUGGCGUAUGAUGCGUGAGAAGAAUAAGGUGAAGUCCACACACGGUGAUGUGCUCUCAUGCCGUGUGGUGAAGGACCGCAAGCUGGCGGCCCGCAACUACAGUGUGGAUAUCGCCUACUACAGCCAGCGCUGCGGCUACACACACAUGGUGAAGGAGUUCCGGGAUGUGUGCAAGGCCGGUGCGGUCAGUCAGGCUUAUCACGAUCUCGCCUCUCGUCAUCGUGCACGUUAUCACAACAUUGAGGUGCUUGGCGUGAAGAGCGUGCCGAACCACGCCGUGCGUCGCCUCAGCGUGCAGCAGUAUCACGAUAAGGACUUGUCCUUCCCACUGCUGCAGCGCCGUGUCAAGGCGGCUCGCAAGGACCGUGCUAUCUUUGUCAAGAAGAACACGAAGCGUGCUGUGGUGGCUUAG